AUGGAAAGAGGCCAAAGCAAAGGCAAAGCUAAAGAAGAGGGACAGAGAGAUGUGAGGUAUAGAGGUGUGAGAACAAGACCGUGGGGGAAAUUCGCAGCCGAAACACGCGAUUUGACAAGGCAGGGAGGUCGGUUGUGGCUUGGCACCUUCAACACUGCUGAAGAAGCUGCAAGGGCUUAUGAUAGAGCUGCUUUUUCCAUGAGGGGUGCUCUUGCAAUUCUCAAUUUUCCAAGUGAAUAUGGUUUGAAAGAUGCAGGUCACUCUGCUGCUACUACUUCCUCAUCAUCUUCUUCGUCUUCAUCUUCUUUUCCAUCAUCUUCGAGAAUCCAUAAUGCGAGUAGGACCGAAUUCGGAAGAGAAAUCUUCGAGUUUGAGUGUUUAGAUGAUAGUGUUUUAGAGGACCUUCUUGAUUUUGAGAAUAAUAGCAAAAGUAAGUGAAGAAAAACAAAUUAAGUAGCAUUCUUUCUUAUUCUGGUUCUGUAAUUUUAAGCUUCCAAAUUGUUCCACGCUCUUAACUUUUCAGUGCCAUUUGGACUAAGUAUUAUGAAUGUUUCUUGUUAUUACGAUGUGCUUUCAGU